AGUUUAGCAGAUUCUGCCCAAACCCACUCAUAGGAAUUCACUGCCCAGCUCUGUUUCCCAGGCAGCACUGGGAGAUGGAGGGGCCACAAGAGGGUGGGACAGAGCCCUCCCAGGAUGGGAACUCUCUAUGCAUAGGGACCUCCUCCCCUAUGUUUACACUCCAUGAAUGCCACCCAGACGAGCUGGAGCUGCAUUCUGUCAGCAGCGUCUCCUCCAGCACCAGCAUCUCCUCCUGCAGCGAGGAGCCAGAGCUGAUCACAGGCUCAAUUGUGAUUGAUAUGGGCACAAGGAGCUGCAGAGCAGGGUUUUCCGGACACCAUUCCCCCAGUGUUGAGGUCAGCACCCUGGUGGGCAGCCGCAUGGGCUCAGAAGCAGCCAGGUCUGAGAUGGUUAUUGGAGAACAGGCCUUGCUGUACCCUGACACUGAAACCGUGGAGGUGAUGCACAAUGGCGUCAUCAUCAACUGGGAGGCGGCUGAAAGCCUAUGGAAGCACCUCAUCAAGCGUGAGCUCCGGGUGAACCCUGAGGACCAUGCACUGCUCCUCACAGAGCCACUGUUCACCCCCACUAGCAGCCGGGAGAACAUGGCAGAGAUGGCCUUUGAGGUACUGGGCACUCCAGGUCUCUUUGUGGCCCCUCAGUCCGUCCUCUCAGUUUACAGUCAUGGCAAGAUCACUGCUUUGGUGCUGGACAUGGGCCACGCAGCCACCCGCACCAUGCCAGUGCUGGAGGGCAGGAACAUGGCACGCUGCUCCACGCAGACAGACGUGGCAGGACGGUGCCUUACAUGGUACCUUUCAACUCUUCUGGAGGACACGGGGCCCAUGUUCAGCAAGGGGAUGAGCCAUGUGGUGGAGGACAUCAAGCACACGUGCUGCUACGUCGCUACCGACUUCCAAACCGAGUGCCUCCUCCCUCCCAGCUUCCACACCAUGGAUUUUACCCUGCCCAACGGGAUGAACCUUACCAUCAGCAAGGAGCGCUUCCAGUGCCCAGAGGUGCUCUUCAACCCUCCGUCCAGCUGGGGAGAUUCCUUCGUGGGCAUCCAGGAGACAGUGCGGAAGAGCCUCAUGCAGCUGCCGGAGGAAAUCAUACCCACCAUGUGCGCCAACAUCCUCCUGUGCGGGGGCUCCUCGCUCUUCAAGGGGCUGGAGAAGAGGCUGUGCCAUGAGCUCCUGGACCGCCUGCCACCCAGCACCACAGUGGAGGUGGUGGGCUCGGCGCUGCAGCGGCACGCAGCGUGGACGGGGGGAUCCAUCCUCGCCUCGCUCCGCAACUUCCAGUCGUGCUGGAUCCGCCGGGAUGAGUACUAUGAAGUAGGUUCGUGCAUUGUCCACCAGAAGUGCUUCUGAGGGGACACCCCAAAGCAGGCAAGAAUUGUGGUGCAGUUUCAUUGCAGCUACAGACCAAGCAGCAGAGAGCACUAAUAAAUAAUUUCAUACGACCAGAGCAUGGUCAUCUUCCAGCCCCCACAGUGUCC